AUGGACGAGGCCGAGGUCACCCCACUCCUCAAGAAGCCGCCGGCGCUCUUUUCUCCUGGCCAUCGGAUGCGAAUGAAUGUUUUACCGAUGUUCCUGAACGUGUUCGUCCCUUGGACGAUCUUCGUGUACUGCUUCUGCCUUAGCUCCUUCUACUUGAUGUAUGCGACUCCAAUGCUUGCGUGGCUGUGCAUCUCUGCCGUGUUCGUCCUCUGGUUUGUCUUCGUUGUGGUUGCUUUCUGUGCUCGGAAAUAUGAUCCUGACCCCACUUGGUUCACGUUCUUCAGCGUGCUGGCAGCAAUCUGCGCCGUGUGGGGCAUCCUCGCAGGGUUGGCAAACCUCCGAAACUAUGAGGAUCCAUACUAUACCCUUCAGGAAAUGCGUGAUGCCAAGGGAGUCAACGGCACUGGGGUGAACCCAUCCUUGGUGUCAGGCGAGGAUGUCAUGGAUGCAGGUGUUCUCACCUUCGAGCAGGGCAGCAUGUUCGAUGCAGACAAGACCUGGCACUUCAUGUAUGGCAUGAUGACAGGGUGCACAGAUUUCGGCUUAGAAGGGACGAGCUCUUUAAACAGUAGGGCUUCAUUGUCCGAAGCAGAGCUCGGCGCCAUGGUGGAAAUGCAGCCAGGCAUUUGCAAGAUGGAGUUCGCCAUGGGCUCACACGGGCUUACAUGGAAGACUGGCAGCACGGAAGUGGAGCGUGUGUCAUGCCAAGCUCGUCUCCUUGGAGUGAAGCCUGGAUGGAGUAUCAGCAUGAUUGAUGGCGUGCCAAUCGAAACGAGCUAUCAAGCCUGGAACGAGCUUAUGCGAUGCAAAAAGUCUGGCAAGAAGUAUCAAAUCUACUUCACCAAAGAUGAAGCCUCCAUCCGUGAGGAUCAGGCAAAGGCGGAGGCCGAGAAAGCGCGCAAGGCAAAGCAGGAGGAGGAGCGCAAGAAGCGCGAAGAGAUUGAGCGGAAGAUCCGUGAGGAAGCCGAAAAGAAGCGUGCUGAUGAGAUAGCUUCUAAGAAGCAAGAGUACUGGGACAAGCAGCAAGCCCAAGCGGAAGGCGAAGCGAAGGAAGGCGCAGAGGCUUCAGCUCCAGCCGAGGCCGAGGCCGAAGGAGCUGCAGAGGCCACCGAAGCAGUCGAAGCCGCGGAGGGCGAAGCAGCUGAAGCGGCUGAGGGAGCUGAGGAGGCUCCCGCGGAGCCUGCGAAGGAAGUAGCUCCGAUCAUUGGACCUGGCGUCUCCACGCCACUGCGGCAGACCUACGACUUCUGGGCCAUAGGCCGACCCAUGCUCCAGAGCACAGCGAUGAGCACUCACUGCAAAGAGCUCACACCGGCCUCCGAGAAGUCAAUGAAGCCGACCUACAGUAUUACAGGUUGGCAGUGCAGCAGGCUCGGCUGCAAUCAGGGCUCCUUGUUUAAUGGCUUAGUGGAAGCCCCGCAGGCAGCGUCACUCUACGACAUCAUGGCGCUCGGAGGUCACGAUGACCUAUCGCAGCUUCCAUACUUGUACGGAACUGCUUGGAAAGAAACUGCGACCACAGACCUUGUGGUGAAGGCAGUCAGGGCAGGCUUUCGUGGGAUCGACACAGCCUGCCAACCAAAGCACUACCGUGAGGAUCUAGUGGGAGCCGCGCUGGCCAAGCUUGCUGCGGAGGAUCAGCUGCCGCGCGAGGCGCUGUGGAUUCAAACAAAGUUCACGCCGGUGCGCGGGCAGGACCCGAGCCGGAUGCCGUAUGAUAGCAAGGCACCACUUCCUGCUCAAGUGCAGCAAUCUAUUCACAAAUCAUUGCAAAACUUGGGAACCACAUACAUCGACUCGCUGGUGAUGCAUUCGCCAAUGCCUUCAUUGGAGGAAAACCUUGAGGUGUGGCGAGUCUUUGAAGAAGCUGUGGAAAGCGGCCAGGUGCGUCAGCUGGGUAUCAGCAAUUGCUAUGACCCGCGGACCUUCCGUCGUGUCUAUGAUGCUGCGAGGAUCAAGCCAAAGGUGCUGCAGAAUCGCUUUUAUGUCGACUCCGGCUACGACUUAGAACUUCGGCAAUUCUGCCUUGAGAAGGGCAUCACCUAUCAAACAUUCUGGACGCUGACAGCCAAUCCCCACGUUUUGGCAUCGCCAGCUGUGAAGUCGGCAGCGCAGCGAUUGCGCGCGACACCCGCGCAGAUCCUCUUCCGAUGGUUAAUCCAGUCAGGGCACCAGCCAUUGACGGGAACCAAGAGUUCAGAGCACAUGCAGCAGGACUUGGAUGUUGUGAACCUCUCGCUGACAGAUGAUGAGAUGCGCAGCAUCGGCCAGCCGCACCCAAUCUUCCUGAAGUGGUCGCAAGAUCCGCGGGGAGAGGUCAAUGCACUGCACACUACGGCCUUCCGGAACUUCUUGGUUUUUUCUGCAUCCAACCUGCUGUUUGACAUCAUGGCCGUCGCGCUGGCAAGCGCCAGGUUUGCCUUCUUGGGCAGAAGUCGGGGCUACUCCGAGAUUCUGAACGAGGCGGCCGCUCUACCGAAAGACAUGUCAGCGCAUGCUUAUUCAGCGCCGUGA